AUGGGAUGCAGACAGGUAAUUCUUUUCUGCAGUUGCUGCUAUCUGAUGAUGCUUAGACAGGAAGCAUCCGGACCAGGAAAUCUCCCGCAGUCACAGCAGAUAACGGCAUAUGGGUAUCAACAAGGAAUGCAGAGCUCAAACUCUCCGACGUACUUGUCUCCUCAACAACAACAACAACAACAACAACAACAACAAGGAAGAGGAGGCCUUGUGUCGUCACCAGUUUACAACCCAAAUACUGUGCAAGGCCAAGGUGUUGGUGCUCAAAGCGCCCCUGGAGGAAUUCAAUAUCAACCAGUGAAUCAGGCAAAUGGAGCUUAUAACGGUGCGAACACGGGAUACCAGACAGUAGCUAUGACUGGCUAUUCCCAAACAGGAGGUGGCUCCAACACGAAGCUCCUACGAUUUUCCAAUCUCAGGCUUGCGAAUCCUUCAUCCUGUUCGCAGUGUCACAAAGGCGCUCAAGAAGGGAUCAGCAAACUGGGAACUCCGAGGCCAUACAAUGUGCAUCCGGUGGAGAACUAUGACGGAGCACAAAUGGUGACAGGGUCGUCGCCAGGUAGUCGAACGCCAACGACAGCUCCUCCACCUUUUACACAGGCACCGUAUUCGCAAUCCAAUGUGCCCAACCAGGGAGUUUUCCCCACGGCACUUAUCAAUGUCUAUCCGCAGAAAAUGUCCACCACUAACGGAGGAGCUCAAGGGUACCAGUCCAGCGCUUCUGCGACGCCCUAUACGACAACACCUUUUCCGUAUGGAUCCACUCAGCAUCCAAAUCAGGGACUCUAUUCAGAAAAUGUCAUAAGUCCCAGUCAAGGCAUAUAUGGCACUUCUACGAACUACGGCCCAAGCACGCAGUCAGGCAGCAGUAUGAGUACUGGACAGUACACUCCAUCUCCGUAUCAGACAACUGGACCACAACCGUCGUCCAGUGGAUUCACGCCUUCUGGCCAAACUGCGCAAUACACUAAUCAGUAUGAUCAGGGUCGAAUGCAGACUACUCAGUACGGCGCCACAUCACCUCAACCACCUUCAUCCGAUUAUCGAACGAACAACCCUCAAAAUCAAGCUGUUGCGGUGACUCCCCCAAGUCAACAACCUUUCUAUGAUGGAUCGCAGGGUCAAACUCAAACCUCUCCGGCUGGCUUUGCCACAUCAUCUGCACCCUCCACGUAUAACUACCAGACAGUUGGCCCUCAAAGCCAACCUCUGGACUCUUCAGUGGGCUUCAGCCCAUCAACUCAACAACCUCCCUACGGUUAUCAAACAAAUAGCCCUUAUAGCGAAACACAGCCAUAUACCCAAUCAACACCCCCGCCAUACCUAAGCGGUGGAACUCAGGGUCAAACACAAGUUUCUUCUACCGGGUUCGUAUCUUCUACACAACCAACCUACGCAACGACGGAACGAGUCGCAAACGGGCUCUACGGGCAGAACGCAUAUGGAGACUUCGUUCAGCCGACAGUACAACCACAACAACAGCCGUACUCCGCUGGACAAUCGAGUCCUUUGGUGAGUGGUUUGUAG